CACCACCACCACAAAAGGUGUUAAGCUGCAGCCUGCACGUUAGCCAACCCAGCCGGCGCGGCCACCGAUAUAUUCUCCGGCGAGGGCGACGACGACGAGCUACGUAGCAUGGGGUUCACGGUGCUGAGGACGAGCCGGGAGUACGUGCAGCCGAGCGCGGCGACGCCGUCAGGCGAGCUGGAGCUGUCCAUCAUCGACCGCGUGGUGGGGCUGCGCCACCUGGUGCGCUCGCUGCACAUCUUCACCGGCGCCGCCGGCGGAGACGGCAGGCCGGCUCCGACGUCGGCGUCGCCGGCGCGCGUGAUUAAGGAGGCGCUGGGGAAGGCGCUGGUGGACUACUACCCGUUCGCCGGGCGGUUCGCGGACGGCGCCGGCGGGCCCGGGAGCGCGCGCGUGGAGUGCACCGGCGAGGGCGCGUGGUUCGUGGAGGCCGUCGCCGGCUGCAGCCUCGACGACGUGAACCGGCUCGACCACCCGCUCAUGAUCCCCGAGGACGACCUCCUCCCCGACGCCGCCCCCGGCGUGCAGCCGCUCGACCUCCCCCUUAUGAUGCAGGUGACGGAGUUCACGUGCGGUGGGUUCGUGGUGGGGCUGAUCUCGGUGCACACGCUGGCGGACGGGCUGGGCGCCGGGCAGUUCAUCAACGCCGUGGGCGACUACGCCCGCGGGCUGGACAGGCCCAGGGUGAGCCCGAUCUGGGCCCGCGAGGCCAUCCCGAGCCCGCCCAAGCUGCCCCCCGGCCCGCCGCCGGAUCUGACGAUGUUCCAGCUCCGGCACGUCACCGUCGACCUGAGCCUCGACACCAUCAACAAGGCCAAGUCCUCCUACUUCGCCUCCACCGGCCAGCGCUGCUCCACCUUCGACGUCGCCAUCGCCAGGACGUGGCAGGCCCGCACCCGGUCGCUCCGCCUCCCCGACCCUUCCUCCCGCGUCAACCUCUGCUUCUUCGCCAACACCCGCCACCUCAUGCACGCCGCCGCCUGGCCCAAGGACGCCGCCGCCGGCAAUGGCAAUGGCGGCGGAGCCGGGUUCUACGGCAACUGCUUCUACCCGGUGUCGGUGGUGGCGGAGAGCGGGGCGGUGGAGGCGGCGGACGUGGCGGGGGUGGUGGGGAUGAUCCGGGAGGCGAAGGCGAGGCUGCCGGCGGAGUUCGCGCGGUGGGCGGUGGGCGACUUCCGCGACGACCCCUACGAGCUGAGCUUCACGUACGACUCCCUGUUCGUGUCGGACUGGACGCGGCUGGGGUUCCUGGAGGCGGACUACGGGUGGGGGGCGCCGUCGCACGUCGUGCCGUUCGCCUACCACCCGUUCAUGGCCGUCGCCAUCAUCGGCGCGCCGCCGGCGCCCAAGUCCGGCGCCAGGAUCAUGACGCAGUGCGUCGAGGACGACCACCUGCCGGCCUUCAUGGACGAGAUCAAGGCGUUCGACAAGUUCUAAUCCAUCCAUCCAUCGAUUCAUCUGCUUUGUGUAAUUGUGCUUGUCAUGCAUGGAACGUGAACUGUGAAAAAAAAAGCUACUGUUACGUGUUUAAUGGGCUUUAUUUUUUGUUGGGUUGGGCCGACACGAUUAGCAAAAGAAUUUAGUGGAGGCCCACUUGUAAUAAGACAAUCGUCAUUGUGGAUUAGUAAAAGUGGUUACGGAUUUCUUAAG